AUGAAAGAUGUGGAUAUUGAAAUAUUUCACAAAGAUUAUACUAGAAAGAUACCUUCAGCAUUAGAUAAUGGUACUUUACAUAAAAUGUAUCGUUUUGGGAAGGUGAGUAAAUGUGAUAAUAUCAUGCUGUUCUGUAAGGUGAGUAAAUAUGAUAAUAUAUUGCUGUUGGGAAAGGUUAGUAAAUGUGAUAAUAUAUUGCUGUUGGGAAAGGUUAGUAAAUGUGAUAAUAUAUUGCUUGUGGGAAAGGUUAGUAAAUGUGAUAAUAUAUUGCUGUUGGGAAAGGUGAGUAAAUGUGAUAAUAUAUUGCUGUUGGGAAAGGUGAGUAAAUGUGAUAAUAUAUUGCUGUUGGGAAAGGUGAGUAAAUAUGAUAAUAUAUUGCUGUUGGGAAAGGUUAGUAAAUGUGAUAAUAUAUUGCUGUUGGGAAAGGUGAGUAAAUGUGAUAAUAUAUUGCUGUUGGGAAAGGUGAGUAAAUGUGAAAAUAUAUUGCUGUUGGGAAAGGUUAGUAAAUAUGAUAAUAUAUUGCUGUUGGGAAAGGUGAGUAAAUGUGAUAAUAUAUUGCUGUUGGGAAAGGAAAAGGUGAGUAAAUGUGAUAAUAUAUUGCUGUUGGGAAAGGUGAGUAAAUGUGAUAAUAUAUUGCUGUUGGGAAAGGAAAAGGUGAGUAAAUGUGAUAAUAUAUUGCUGUUGGGAAAGGUGAGUAAAUGUGAUAAUAUAUUGCUGUUGGGAAAG